GGAAUCGAUUUCUUGAUUUGCGAUAUUCAGAGCACAAAGUAGAAAAAUGCUAAGGCGCGUUUUCGUAAACCUUGGGUUUAACUCACCGAAUGAGGCAAAGAAAGCCUUGAAAAGGUCAAAUCGUAAAGAUGGCGGUAUCAGGGCGCAGAAGGGAAGACUGUUAAAUCGCCCCCAAAUGGAGAAGAUUCGCACACUUCCUCCGCCUGGAGAGGUUAAGAUAGAAAACGUUCUCGACGCCACGCCUGCUAUACCACCAGCAAGCGCCCAAAGAACUAUGGGGCUUCCCUCUCAGGCGGCCACUGCAGAAGACAAUAGGAGGCUUGGUGCCCAAGUGCUCCGAGUGGUUAACGGCGGAGUGGCUACCACAGGGCUCCCGCGAACCCCGGGCAAAUCCCGAUUUACUUUUGCGAAGAAGGCAAAGGCCACAGACGCCAAGUCAACUCUCCCAGACAUCAGAGAUACUAAGGACAAAGCUUUCGUGAACCAGCGUACGACGGACCUACCCAAUGUCCGUGAUCUUUACACGAACAAGAAAGCGGUUCCUGUAGCAAGCGAGGGCGCUAUUGCGACCACAUCCAUCACCGGGUCGCACCUGGCUAUGACCGCCAUGCAAAGCGAGGAGGAGCCUGGGGCUUCUAUGGGGCACAAGACAGAACGCCAGAAAGCCAAAGAGCUGAAGGAAAUGAAGAAAGCGGGGUUAACCCUUAGACCCCCACCCCACCGAAACACCAUGGAGGACGAUGAUGAUCACAAGGCUCGGAUAAACAAGCUAAAGAGAGCUCGUAUUCGCCUUGCCAAGAACAGGGUCAACCCUGAGGUGAGCAAGCCUUUUUUGAAGUCACUACCAGAUGCAACUCCAGGGGCGGUUUGGUGCGAAAACUACGCGGUUCUACCUGCAAUUGAAUCCGCUCCACCCAGAACGGGAAUAUACUCCCGCCAUCUCCAGCCCACCCCUCCUCAGGCCAACACUCACUGGGGUACCCUCGGGUACAACACAAGUAUCACCCUCGGAUACGACCUCGUGAUGGAAGACGUGGACACCGACGAGUAGGGUUCAUGAUAUGUGAUAAGUCUUGGAGAACUUGAUUUGAGUAGAGAACGCACGGUGUUUCUGGCGCAUCGCCCUAUAUGCAGAUCAAGCAGCGACUGGUGACUUCGCCACUCGUGCUGUGACAUGGUGGGUUGUCCCGUUAGACACAUCAAGGCGGUGCGGUCUCCGCGACAGAUUGAGGUGAGGCGCCCAUGACCAGUGAUAAUCUCCUCUCUCUAUCGGGUUCAUGGAGGUGUUAUUUGCUCGGGGUUAAACGCUAUCUGUGGCAGUAUAAGGCGGGUACUCACUUGCCACAUUACAAGGCGUGCGAGGAGCUCAUAUUAAUCGUACGGCACGUAGUCAUCCCCGUUGAUCUUGAGCGCCCCGUCUUGUACUGUCGCUGUGAGUUCCUCUGUUGAUCGUACGGCACGUAGUCAUCCCCGUUGAUCACGGGGGCUUCGCAUUAUUAUGUCGCAGGGAGCGUUUUAUCAUCUAGCAAAUAAUGCCAGUGAACCUGAUGGAAAAGGUCUUUAAUCGCUGGCCAUAGUGCCUCAUCCCUUUCUGUCAGCGAACCCAACGCCUUGAUGUAUCUUAUGGAGACAACCACCAUUUUACCACACGUACAGCCAGGUCACAAAGGGAGCGCGUGUCUUGCGUUUGGCGAAGCAAGACGAGCCACAGAUUGGGCCCCGAUUGAGCUUUAUAUUUGUCCAUCGUAGUUUUUCUUUUUCCAGUACCUUCAUAUAACUAACUUUACUUCUGUCUUCUGUAAAUCUAAUAAAUUAAAAACAUACUCAAACUGAAUUUUGUAAAUAAAAGCAGCUGAAUUCUCUCAUUUAAGACA